AUGAAGAAUAGAAUUCGGAUAUAUAUGGCUGUUGUUAUUAUUAUAUUUCAAUUUUUUGAAAAAUAUAAUGGAAUAAAAUUGAAAAGAUUUUAUGAUUAUUUUAAUUUUAUUCAACCAAUUAAAAUUGAUGGUUAUUCAAAAUAUCAGCUAAAUUACAAUUUUCAAAAUGUGAAUAUAAAAAAAAAUAAAAAAAAUAAACGAGACAGAAUAACAACGGUAGGUCCUAUAGAAUGGAAUCUUCCUGCCACUCAAAAUGAAGAAACAAUUGAAAACUUUGAUAAAACUCAAAACAAAGAAAAUUAUCACUUAGAAAUAGAUAAGAAGCCUACACAAAAAAAAGAUUUUUUAAAUGGUGAACUACUAAAUGAAGAAGAAAUAAAUGAACACAUGCGAUUUCAACAAUGGAAUGAUAGUCUAAUUUAUUCCAAUGAAAAUUCCUUUUAUUAUGAUAUUGAAAAUAAAUGUGUAAAUACAAAAAGUUAUAAAAAAAUUAAUCAAGUAAAUACAACAUUUUAUAAAAAAGAAUUAUGCCUAAAUAAUACAUCAAUAAAUCUUAUCCCUUUUAAUACAAAGAAGAGUGAAGAAUCAAAAUUAAAUUAUGAUGCGUAUAACAUGGGUGAUAGUGACAAGGAAAACCCAAAUAAAAACGAGGGUGUAUCUACUUCUCAAGAUGAAACAAUUUUAAGUGAAGAUGAAGUUAAAAAACUUUCCGAUAUUGAAUAUACAAAAAAAACAAAUAUAUUUUUUCCAAAAAAAUCGUUGUAUAGUUCUGUUUAUAUUGGAAAAGAUGGGUUUAACGAUUUUCUUGAGAAGGGAAUAGAUUCAAUAAAAAUGAGUUUAAAUAAAUAUUUAAAUUCAUUUUAUGAAAAUAAUUUAGAAAUAAAUUUAAAUGAUAAAAUAUAUAUUAUGUUUAUAUUGAAAUAUGCAAAAAGUUAUAUAUUAGAUAUAAUAUACAAAACUUUUCAAACAAAACAACUUAAUGAAUUAGAAAUUGAAAGUGAUAUGAGUAUCUACCCCGAAAAAGAUAACAAUGACAAUAAUAAUAAGUUUAUGAAUAGCGAAGUAUAUUUAGAUAUGCUUUCAGAAUAUGAGGAAAUACUAAAUAUAUUAACCGAAUUUUUUAAUAAAAUAAAUGAUAUGUUUAAAAUAAAUGAAACAGAAUUAACAGAAUAUUUAAAAAAUCAAAAAAAAAAAGAUAUCAUAAAUUAUUCGACACCAUAUGUAUUAAAAAGUGAUGAAGAAACAGAAAGACAUAUAAAAAAUAUGUGGACAUUUUUUAAUUGUAAUAUAUUUAAUAAUGAAUUACCUAAUUUUGAUUUUAUUCCAUUUUAUUGGAUAAACAGUAAAAUAGAUAACUUAUUAAACAUUCCAAAUAUGAAAACAUAUAAUAUAACUAAUCAAAAUUUUAUAAAUUUACCUAAUAUUUUAUUAUGCCCAUCAUUAAGAACUUCUCCCAUUCUACUAAACUACACAAUAUUAAAAAUUAUGUAUGAAUAUUAUAAAUUAAUACAUGUAGAUAUCUUACCAUUUAAUCAAGUUAAAAAUUAUAAAAAAUUAAAUAAAUUUGAUCCAGUAAAACAAAAAAUUAUUAAAUAUGUACAUGGGGUAUCUGGUCUUUUAGAGAAUAUUGAUUUUUAUUUUUAUACUCCACAUUUAGGGGAUCUAAAUUUAACACCUGAACAAUCUGCAACCUUUUUUUCUUACAUUAAAAAUAUAGAGACAAAUCAAGAUACUGUUCUAUAUAACAUGGAAUAUAAUAAAUACAUCAAUUUUUAUGAUAACGCCCAAAAUGAUACACAAACACAGGAAGAAAACAAAAAUCAAAAACAAAAGGAUGAUGACGACUUUGUUAAUGACGAUUUAGUUUUCCUUCUCUUAAAAUCGAAAACAACUAAUGAUAUAAAUAAAGCUAUAAAAAUGGCACAAAAUGUGUACAUAAAAAAGAAUGUCAACUUACUAUGGGGUGAACAUGCCUACCCAGAGUCAGACGGGACCACUAAAAAAUCAACUGAAAAUUUAAAGAAUGAAAAUUUGCAGAACACCAAUUUAACGGGGGAACAUGGGGGACUACAAAAGUUUCGUAUACCCUUAAACGAGUUUUCUGCAUCACUCUUUUUAUGCGAUGUAAAUAAUUCUACUAAAUAUUUAACACAAGGAAUAGAUAAACUGAAAGAACUAACCGAAUUUGAUUUGACAUAUGUUCACAAUGCUUUAACAAAUGCUUGUCUAAAAUUUUUACAUGAUAGUGGAAAUGAAAAUGAAGAUGUUGAAGGGAUGUUAAAAAAAUAUGAAAACAAUGAAAAAGUUGAAACUACAAAUAAUAUUAUGGCAUUACAAAUGAUGGUUGUUUUAGGAGAAUUAUUUAGAAACAUUAGAAAGAUGAGGACUAAAGAAAAAUACUUUUUUAAAAAAAUUUUACAAACUGAUGUUUUAGCAGAUAUUUAUAAAAAUACAAGUAUAUAUGAUGAAAAUAUGGAUAUAAAUGCAGUUGAUAAUGUUAUUAAAAAUAUUAAAAUUGAAUAUCCUCUUAAUCAAAAUCUAAUUUUAUCAAACAAAAAUAAAGAAGAUAAUAAUUCAAACAUUACAGGGAAUGGUAGAGAAGAUGUAGCAUAUUAUUUUUUAAACUACUAUACAAAAAAUUUGUUUCGUUUUGAUUUGCCAAAUAAUAUAAUUAUUAAAUAUACAGAUAAUAUAUCUGGAUUGAGUUUUUCAGAUUAUAAUUAUGAUUAUAUAAAUAAUGAUAUAAUAAUAUAUAUCAAUAACGAUGUAAAUAAUUCAUUACUACUAUCUAGACUUAUUCUAGAUGAAUGUUUAAAUAUCUAUGAAAAAUAUACUACAUAUAUUCAUAAAUUUGGUAGUAAUGUAGAUAACAAAAUUAUUAAAGAAGCAAAAAAAAAAAAUGAAAUCAACACAGAAAAAGCAAACCAAUCUAAGGAUAAUAGCCAAAUUGAAGAAUUCCAUACUCAAAAUGAAGAAAUGAAUGAGUCUGAUACUCCGGUAGAUGCAAAAAAUUAUAUCGAGGAAAGUAUCGACCCAAGCAAUGUAAGUCUUGACAAUAUCAAAGAAGUGAAGGAUAUCCAAAAAGCUAAUGGUGAUGAAAAUGGCGAUGAAAAUGGUGAUGGAUUGAAGAGUGACGAUGAACUGAUAGAUGAUGAACAAGUAGAUAUCUUUAACUAUUCAAAGAUAAACAAAAUUAAGCAGUUUAUCCGAUUUAUUAUUGAAUAUAAUAAUUGGCCAUUUUUUAUGGACGAACUUAUGGGUGUAGAGUAUUAUCUAAAUAAAGAUGAAAUAAAUAAGUUGAAAAAUAAAGAAGAAUAUGAUAAUAAUUUAAAUAAUUUUUAUAUGAAAUUAAAAAAUGCAAAUAUUGACAAAGAUCGAAUUAUGGAAAUAUUAACUAAUUCAAUCAAACGGGAAGAUCCAAACCAAAUUUGGAAUCAAAAUAAAAUACCAAUUAAACAUAUUGCAUCAGCAAUAUAUACAAAUAAUUAUAUAAAUAUUUAUAAUGUAUUAUCAAAAGGUAUUAAUAAAUUAUUAAAACUAAACAUAAAUGAUGUUGAUUUUAUUAUGAAUAAAUGUAAAUAUGCAUGUGAAAUUGUAUACUAUAAAAGAUUAGAAGAAAUAAAAUCACCAACUAAUAAUUUAUUAUUUACUAUGUAUAAUGAAAAUUUAAGUUGUAUAGAAUAUUUUUUUGAUAAACUAAAAGAAAAACUAAUUUUAAUCUCAUUAGUAAAAACAGAAAAUGUGUUUGACACUUUGAUCAAAUUGAUAUCAGACAUAUUUCCUAACAAAGCAAGUACCGAAGCAGAAAUAAAUAAUAAAGACUCACCAAAAACAAAAGACCAAAUUAAUGAAUUAAUAUUUUUACAAAAACCAGGACAAAAUAAUAAUCGAAAUGCAUCCACCGACCCAACAAACAGAAUAACUGUAACAAAUAAUUUAUUUCAAUAUUUUAAUAAAGAAAUAUUUGGAAAUAAAAUAAAUAAAAAUGUACAAAUUGAAUUUAUUAAAGAUUAUAAAUUAUUAUCUAGUCAUGCAAAUUAUGUAAACACAUUUGAAAAUUCUAAAAUAUUUAUUAAUGAUAAUGUUUAUUCAAUAAAUGUCUUAGCUAAUGUCUUACUAAAAGAAAUGUCUGAAAUUUUCUAUUUUUAUAAUAAUAAUCAAAUUCAAAGUGAAAAUAAAUUAUACUUAAAAAAUAAUUUCACUAGUCUAUACCUACCAACUGUAUUUAAAUAUUCGAAAAAUUUUGAAAAGUAUGAAACAAAUCAAACAUUCAACUUUGGUGAAGACACCAGCUCAACUAAAACUGACUUUGACAAUGAAAUGGAUAACAUGUUGAACGACGUAAAUGGCAAAGAUGAAUUUGAUAACCCACUUGAUAAAUCUGAGCUGGAAAGAGAGAAGAACAAAAUGGAUAUGAAAAACUUAAUCAACCGAAUAGCAAAAUAUGAUCAUGAAGAAAUGUUCAAAGAAAUUAUGGAGUAUAGAAAAACAAAAUAUAAUGACAAUGCAGAGAUACAAAAAUGUCUUGAAGAAUAUUUAUACACAUAUGAAAAAAUAAAUCUGUUAAGAUAUGGAAAUCAAAAUAAUGAAAAAACUACUCACGAAACAAAUGAUGCAGGAUUUGAACCAAUAGAUAUAAAAACAAUAUAUCUAAAUUAUAUGCAUAAAUAUAUAGAAUAUAUUAUAAAAAAAAAAGAAUUACCAAUAACAUAUAAUAGUAUAAAUGAAGAAUGGAUUAAUUCUUUAACUGAAUUAGAAAAUCAAAAAAUAUUAUCUUAUUCAACAAAAAAUAGUAGUGGACAUUUAUAUGACCUAUUAAUAAAUAGUAAUGCAUGUUCAUCAAAAAGAGCUUUAGAAAUUUUAGAGAAAAGUUUAGAAUAUUCUCCUGACCAAAAUGAACAUAAUGAAUUAAUGGAUGGCCUAACUGAAAAGACAAUCUCAAGAAGUGAAGAUAAAGAUGCUAUAAAAAAUUUUGAUGAAUUUGUUAUAUGGAUUAAUAAAAAUAAAAAAAAAGAUUUUGAACUACCCAAAAAUAUUGAUUUUCAAGAUGAUCCUGGAUCAGAUAAUAUCAAAGAGGAUAUACGACAAGUUAUAGACCAAUAUAAUUCCAUAUACGAUACAAAUCCAAAUAAAAAUAUAGAUCCUAAUAAUGUUACUAUAGAUAAUUUAAAAGAUAUUGUAAAAAAACAUAACAUAUCUAAGGAAGAUAUACAAGCUGCUAUCAGUCAGCUCGAUAUGCCCCCUGACUUUGACAUUGACUCGUUGUUCAAAUAG